UUUGUGAACAUUAUUUAACACAUUACAGUCUCUUCUUUCUACUUAUACAUUUCCUUUUUUUGGCCUACAACUUUCUACUUAUACACUCCUAAACAAACCAAGCCUCCUAACUCUUUUUCUUUUUUGCCUUCCUUGUCUUCAACCAUUCUCUCUCUUUUUCUCUCUCUAAUUAGUAACUGUUUCUCUCUCUAAUUAGUAAGUGUAAUACUAAAACUAUUUACUACUGUAUUAAGCCCAGCUCUAUCUCUUCCUGAUCCUGAAUUCCUGAUCUACACUGUUGCUAAUAUUAUUGGUUUGUAAUGGAAUCACUGUCAGAGAAUGAAUGGUUGGGAAGCCCAGAUCAGUGUCCUUGUUCUGCAACUCUUUUUUGAAGAUAAGAGUAGGGAGGACAAAAUUUGGGAAUGAGAAUGUUAUUAUAUGGGCUAUAAUCUUAAAAAAAAAUACAGUGACAAGGCUGAGUUGGAGAAGAAAGGGAUUGCUAUUAUUUCAGCCAUUUUUGGGUCCUCAAACUUUGAUAAAGAGAAGGCAAAAGGGGAGAGCCUUGUUGAUUUGGAACUUGAAAAGUUGGGUGACAUUGGAAAAGGAUUUGCUAACAACUUGAAGGGUCACAGAACUACUCUUAUGGACCCAUUUUCAUCAACAGCUGGAUCAUCAAAGAGGCCCCGAACACCGGGUGGUAGCAGUGGCCAAUUGGUUUCAUGCUUGGUUGACGGAUGUAAGGCCGACCUUAGUAAAUGCCGGGACUACCACCGUCGUCAUAAAGUUUGUGAGAUGCACUCCAAAACCCCAAGAGUCACAAUUGGAGGUCAUGAACAACGUUUCUGUCAGCAAUGCAGCAGGUUCCACUCACUAGGGGAAUUCGAUGAGGGGAAGCGAAGUUGUAGGAAACGUCUUGAAGGGCAUAAUCGUCGUAGAAGGAAGCCUCAGCCUGAACCCCUGCCUGUCAAUCAUGGAAAUUUCUUUUCUACUAGCCAAGGUAGUAGAUUUCUGGCAUUCAGCAACCAACCAAUAAUCCCAGCUACAUCUUCAGUGGUGUCAACUGCUUGGUCUGGAGCAGUUAAAUCCGAAAGCAACCCAACUCUGUACAAUAGUCCGGUGUCGUCAAGUUCAUACUCUCAAUCCUACAGAGGGAGACAGUUUCCUUUCUUACAAGUGCCUGAAUCCUCACUUACUGGAGUUUCUUCAACAUUUCAUCACGAUCCCAAUAAUGGUGAUAACAACAACAACCAGAAAUCACCAGUUUUCUGUAAUAGCCUGAACCAAGUUAUUGACUCGGAUCGUGCUCUCUCUCUUCUGUCAUCAUCAAAUGCUGAGACUCCCGAGAUGGGUUUGGGCCGUGUCAUCCAUCAUCCGAGCCCAAUUAACCCAACUCGACCCAUGCUUUCCAGCCUGCAUUACAGCAGCCUUACUCCACAGUAUCCAGGCUCCUCCCAAACCCAAGCCCAAGCCCAAGCCCAUGGUUUGGAAGUACACCCUCAAGGAUCUGGGCUUUUUUCAGACUUGAGGACAAAUAACAGCCUCUGCCAGAAUGUUUUCCAGAACGAAACUGAUGCGUCUUCUGCUAAUGGAGGUCAUCAAACACUUUCCUUUUCUUGGGAGUAAUAGUCAGUUUCAGUUGUGAUUUGGUACUUAAUUCUUCUUCCCUAAUCCUAAUUAGUCCUUGAUGGAUACUUUAUUGUAUGACCACUUAUUUUAAGUUUUCAAGGAAUUAGCCCCUUUUCGAUUUGGUA